AGUUGACAUGCAUGGAAAAAACCUGAAAAGCACAUAGGCAAAAUGGUCAUUUCACUUUCCCGUAAACUUAUCCUGGUUUUGUGUAAAUCCCUGUCCGCCCUCUCUCUCUCUUCUCUCUCUCGUUCUCCGUUGAUCCUUCGGAGUGAAACCCUAGUUUUCAAGCUUUACUUCCUCCCCGUUUUAACUCUGCAACAUAGAAACCACCCGUCGUCCAUGAUUACCCUCUCCCUACUCUGAUAUAGUAACUUACUUCUAGCAACCUGAAACCUUAGUCGUUCUUGGUAGCGACAAAAUUUCCUUUCUUUUCGUUCUACUACUUCCUCGUUUUUUGUUCUUCAUUGGCGUAUAGAAGGAAUAAAUGCUGGUUAAGCAGCGGCUUGAUGCGUAUGUACAGAAUAUAUGCGUUUAAUGAUGGAAUUCUUCCUCAGACCACCCAAAUCGAAUACUCGAUCAUCUGACUAAAUUAAUUUGGUAUAACCUUAUUAAGGGUUGGAAUGCUGUCAAUGACCGUAGUCGGAUAAAAAAAAGGUGGUUUUCGUUUUUCUCUGACUGGCAAGAAGAUCAACAGACAAGGUGGGUUUCGUUAUUUGAGUUAUUAAUCUACGGCGCUGGCAGCUUUCUCAAUACAGAUUCCUUCGUCCACCAGGUCGUUUAGUUUGGACUUUGGAGGGGUGGGGCUCCGGAAUUCACAGCCAAAGAGCGAGAGGGACAAUGUCAAUACAAGCUAUGUAUGCGUCUGCAGUGCGAAUUCCUUUUCUUUCUACUGUGCUCAAACCUAAAUCCAGCCAGAAAUCUUUCAAUGCUACUCUUACGAUUUUGAAAACCUUAGCUCACCCUCCGUUCCUUCGAUAUUCUAGCUCCAAGAGCUCUAUGAUUGUCAUCAUGAGAGACCGGAGCAAAAACAGGAAACCCCUGCAGAGAGGUCGGAUCAGCACUGAAGCCAUCCAGGCCGUUCAAGCGUUGAAGCGUGCGAAGAACGAUGGUGAUUUAUUGGAGAGCGUGAUGGAAUCCAAGGUCAGGCGGUUGGUCAAGCAGGAUAUAAUCGCUGUUCUUCGGGACCUCCAGAGACAGAACGAAGCCCUCCUGGCUCUCAAGGUAUUUGAAGAUAUUCGAAAGGAGUAUUGGUAUAAGCCUCAGGUGCUAGUGUAUGCUGGUAUGAUUAAGGUGUUGGCAAAUAAUGGCUUGUUUGAAAUGGUUGAGCGUGUUUUCUUGUAUAUGAAAAUGGAAAGCAAUCUGGAGGCUGAUCUUGAGGCAUUCAAUGCUCUAUUGCAAACUUUUAUGGAUUUUAGCAUCAUUGAACUUGUGAUGGAGUGUUUCCACCUCAUGAAAGUGGUGGAAUGUGAACCUGAUAAAUCGACAUUUAAAAUCUUGAUAAAUGGUUUAGAAUCAAAAGGAGAAACAGGGCUUUCAACUAUCGUAAGACAAGAAGCCAAGAAGUAUUAUGGUGGAUCUCUGGAAUUCUUACAAGAGAAGGAAGAUAUAUCUUUGAUUUGUAAUUGACUGUGGAAACUUAUAUACAAUUAAAACACAAUGUAAAAUUCCUUAAUAACUUCUUUUUUUCCUUUGGUAAUCAAAUGAAAGUUUUUCAUUUAGAA